GCUUUAGCGUUUAUCAGGAAUUUUUAGCACACAAAGGAAAUAUAAAGAUUUAUGUACUUUGCACAUUCAAACUCUAAUUUAUGUUUAUUAAUUGGUGUUGUACAGUACAAUGCAUUUUGUAAAGGAUGGGCAAUUUGGUUUUUUAUCCAUCCUGGUAUUGUUGUUCCUUCUUACAUUAUUGCAUUUCAAUAAAACGAAUCAUGUGAUUUCAUUUAAUCGGCAGAUCUGAAUAAGAACGGAUAGAGCUGUACAGUAAUUUGAAUGAAGACAACUUAAAGCAAAAUGAAAUUUUACCAGAGGAAUGAUAAUAAUUCUGAUUUUGAAUCAUCUUCAGAACAUUCAGCACACAUAACAGAAAAUUAUGGGGAGUGUAAAAUAGUAGACAUUAUAAGUUUCCGACAAAACGAUGAUAAAAAUGAUUCACAAUCUACAUUAUUUUGUACUGCCGUUUUAUCAAAACCGUUUAGCUCCCUUACCAGUCUCAGUAUGAAUUACUUAAAAAAUUAUUGUAUAGAACAGAUAUCAGAUGAGAAAAAAGGCAGCAUUACUAAGCAUUUGCAGCAACUGGAAAAUUUAAGUUAUGAUCCAAACAAGAGCAAGAGUUUAAAUCAGAAUAAUGACAUUGAUUUUGAUUCUACAUCUCAUUCACAAAAUGAAUAUAUUUUAAAUAAAGAAAUGUCACCUUUAAAACAUAUAUCUGAUAACAACAAAAUGCUAACUGAAACAGAAGAAUCAGAAAUUGGGGCAUUGCAAUCAGAAUCUGAAAUUUGGGACAUUGUAAAUUCAGUAUUAAAAGAGAUAUACAAGAGAAAUGAAAAGACUUUUUCUGAUAGCAAUACAUUAGAACAGACUGAAUAUGAAACUUUUGAAUCACAAUACACUUCAACUCUAAUGGAAUCCUGUUUGACAAAUUUCAUUAAUAAAUUUAUUAAACUGGAUAAAAAUGUAAGAAAAACGCUAAAGAAAAUAAUUACUAAUAUUUUAAUUACUUAUUUUACUCAGUCAGAUGAUUUAAUUGUGGAAUCUAUUACCAAAACAAUUGUAAACAAUGCAAAACUUUUACAAGGAAAUCAAUCACAUCAUCAGAAUAAUAAGUCAUAUAUCAAUACUUUAUUCAAUGACAACCACAAAACAAAUCCUGAAAUGGGUUUCAUUCAUAAACUCCUUUUUGAAAUGGUAAUUCAAACAUAUGAAAUUUUGGAAAAUGUAGAUGAAAUCUGGACAAAUACAUUAGUAAACUCUUCUGAUACAAAGAAUUUAUCUUCAUUUUCUGGUCCAAAAAAUCCUAUGAAUUUAAAGAAUAAAGAUGAACAUCCCCCAUAUACUUUAAUCCCUAAGGAAGAUGAUGAUAGCUGCCAUUUUCCCAUUAUCUACCUCAAAAGUAAAAACAGCACUAUUAGAGAUGAUACUUGGAAAUCUUCGAGUUUAAUGUCCAAUGCAUUCUCUAAUAGAUCUCACAAAAUUAGCUCAGAAAAAAAUGAUUCUUUAAUAAGAAAAUCAAACUUAACACAGAAGAAACAUUAUAAGAAGAUAACUGCUAGUGAAUUAUUACAAGAUACUGAUUGCAAGAUUAAAAAACUCCCAAGAAUUAAACACAUUUCUCCAAAAGUAAAAUCAGCAAAAAUUAAUACAAAAGUACUGUCAAAAUGCUCAGAAAAGCAUUUUGCUAAAUAACCUAGGCAUGAAACUGGGCCAAAUAAUUACUACACAUUCUUAUCCAAGAAAAAUGUACAGAAUUAUAACUGUUAUUAGAAAUAAUUUAAAUUUUAAAUAAUAAAUAUUUCAACCUUUUUUGUAUAUUUUUUAAAUUCAAAUAUAUUACACAGUAACUAAUAUGAUAGUUUAUUAGUAGUUAAGAUUAUCUGAUACAAAAUAUUGUCUUUAAAGAUGAAAAUUAAUAAAAAAUUAUAAAUACUAAUUAUCUUGUGAUUUAUAUCAGAAAUUUUAAAUUUUAUUCUCUAAUGGGAAUUUUACUCUACAGAAAAACAAUUUCCCGAAAUUGUUUUAAUACUUUAAUUUGUAUAUAUUACAUCAAUGUAUAAAAACAAAAUUCAGUAACUAAAAGCUAAUGAAUGUAAAGAUAUUUGAAAAUAUUAAAAAUAUACAUUGUUUAUGAAUUUUCAAGAUAAUUAAAUAAGAAAUUAUUAAACUAUAAAUAAUAGUUUGUUUAAAAAAUGCUUAA